ACGAUUUCAACACUAACUUUCGUCAUAAUUUUCUCUAUAAAUUCUACUGCAUCCAUAUGCCUUGAAUAACUAUUCCCAUCUCUUAAUCAAUCCUUCAUAUCCAAGAGUGUUUCUGCUCAUCCUUGGAACCUAAUGAGUUAUGAAGGAGGCGAGAACAACUAUAUGUCUGUUGGUCCAUGGGGAAGCCAAAAUGGAGUACGGUGGGAUGAUGGAGUUUUCAACUCCGUAAGACAAGUGGUGAUCUUCUAUGGGGCUCAGGUUGAUUCCAUCCAGUUUGAGUAUGACAAGAUGGGGACUUCAGUUUGGUCUGACAAGCACGGUGGAACUGGUGGUUUCAGGACAAAUAAGGUGAAGCUUGAUUAUCCUGAUGAAUAUCUUGUAUCUGUAAGUGGCCAUUAUGGAAACGUGGUUGACUGUGGUCCAAUACUUAUUCGUUCUCUUACGUUCGAGAGCAACAAAAGGAAGUACGGACCUUUUGGAAUUCAGCAAGGAACUCAUUUCUCGUUUCCAUUGACAGGCGGCAAAUUAGUGGGUUUCCAUGGUCGUUGCAGUUGGUACCUUGAUUCCAUCGGAGUUUACUUAAUGCCUCUCCUGCAACGAAAUCCAUCCAAGAAUCUUGCUACUGCUACUGGCCGAAUUACAGGCAACAAAGAGAAAGACCCCAGCGACUCUGAAGUGGAAAACAACCUGAAGGUGGUUACUUCUAACGCAGUCAUCGGUAGAACCAUGAAGGCAGUGUCACAUGGACCGUGGGGUGGCAAUGGUGGAAUGCUAUUUGAUGAUGGAGUUUAUACAGGCGUCCGAGAAAUUCAUUUGACACGAUAUGGAGGCGUUGUUUCCAUAAGAGUUUGCUAUGAUCUGAAUGGCCAAGCAAUAUGGGGUAACAAAAAUGGUGGAAGCGGAGGAAUUAGAUUAGACAAGAUAAUUUUCGAUUAUCCAUCUGAAAUCUUGACUCACGUAACUGGAUAUUAUGGAUCAACUAUCCUAAGAGGGCCUAUCGUCGUCAAGUCCCUGACGUUUCACACCAACAAGAUGAAAUAUGGACCCUUUGGGGAUGAACAAGGGAUCUUUUUCUCCUCUGGUUCUAACAAUGGGUUUGUUGUUGGAUUCCAUGGAAGAAAGGGAUGGUUCAUAGACAGUAUUGGAGUCCAUGUCGCACAAGUUAACUUAUCAAGACAAUCUCGGCCUUCUCAUGAUCCCCCCGUUUCCACCAACAUUCAAGCAUACGAGGUUACGGUCCCUGGAAUGGUGAAAGAACCUGCUGCAGCUGCUGCAUGGUCAUCAGGACCAUGGGGUGGCGAUGGAGGCAAGCCCUGGGACGAUGGAGUAUUCUCUGGGGUUAAGAAGAUUUUCCUGGCAAAAGGAGAAGCCAUAUAUAGUAUCCAAAUCAAGUAUGAUAGAAAUGGCCAAUCUGCUUGGUCGGUUAGGCAUGGAGGUGGCAGUGAAGGAAGCUCUCACUUGAUCAAAUUUGAGUAUCCAUACGAGAUUCUUACCAGUGUUUGCGGUUACCAUGGAUCUCUCACUGGAGAUGAAAGCCAUAAUGUAAUAAAAUCCCUCACAUUCUAUACUAAUAAGGGGAAAUAUGGACCAUAUGGAGUGGAAACAGGAACUUUUUUCACUACCACUAAGACAGAAGGAAAGAUUGUUGGGUUCCAUGGGAGGAGUGGAUGUUACUUGAAUUCAAUUGGAGUUCAUACGCAACAAUGGUCAAGUGAUCGAGAAUCGGCUCCGCAAGGGCCUCCAGGAGAACGAGGUGGUACUGUCAAAACUAUUUUCAAUAAGUUGUUUAAUUAAAUUUAAUUAGUUUCAUAUAUACCAAUCUAUUCCUAUGUUGUUUAAUUACAAGCUUCAAUGGACAUACGAG